AGACCUUUACGAAGCUAAGAGAUUAUCGUUCCGCCUCCUGUGGACCGUGAAGAGGGAGCUUCUCUGAUUGGUCUGAGGGUCCAGGCGCGCGCCGAGGGGCGACUCGGGAUUGGCUAACGUCUCGUGCCGUCAUAGAUCCUUAGCGGUGAUUGGCUGGAGGGCGGAGCCGGCUAUUUGAAGGGAGCGCGCUUACCGGAGAAGCGCUUCAGAGAGAAGAGUUGGGUGUCGCGGCGAGGUUUCUGUCUUGCCGUCCUCUUCCUUCUCUGUCGCAAGUCACUGAAGAAGGCUCCAUAGCAGCUGCGGCUCCCGGGCGAGGUGAUGGCCAAGGUGUCGGUGCUGAAUGUGGCUGUGCUGGAGAACCCGAGCCCUUUCCACAGCCCCUUCCGGUUCGAGAUCAGCUUCGAAUGCAGUGAGGCCCUGUCUGACGACCUGGAGUGGAAGAUCAUUUAUGUGGGCUCAGCUGAGAGUGAGGAGUUUGAUCAGAUCCUAGACUCAGUGCUGGUGGGUCCUGUUCCUGCAGGAAGGCAUAUGUUCGUCUUUCAGGCUGAUGCCCCAAACCCAUCCCUCAUUCCUGAGACGGACGCCGUGGGUGUGACUGUGGUUCUCAUCACCUGCACCUACCAUGGACAAGAGUUCAUCCGUGUUGGCUACUAUGUCAACAAUGAGUACCCAAACCCAGAGCUUCGGGAGAACCCACCCCCAAAGCCAGACUUCUCUCAGCUACAGCGGAACAUCUUGGCCUCUAACCCCCGGGUGACCCGAUUCCAUAUCAACUGGGACAACAAUCCAGACAGGCUGGAAGCCAUAGAAAACCAGGACCCCAAUGUGGACUUCGGCCUUCCCCUUAGUUGCACUCCCGUCAAAAGCCUGGGCCUCCCUAGCUGCAUCCCAGGCCUCCUUCCUGAAAACUCCAUGGAUUGCAUCUGACAGGGGAGGCAGAUAGGGCUCAGUAGGACCCAUGGCAGUCUCCUUGCACACCUGGAGGGGACCUACAAGCCCUCAGACAGUCAUGCUUGGUCAUCUCAAGGAUUUGGGGACCACCAGCUGUCUCCAGACCUGUCAGCCCCAAGGAAAAAAAAAAAUGGGCCCCAAUCUUUUCCAUCCAGGUCCAGAAGAAUCAUCUCACUUAUGAUCUACUGACCUCUAAAAAGCAGGUACUUGUGUUUCUCAUUCUUUGCGUCAUUUUUCCUUCUAUAUUAUCAGUUUCUAUGAGAAGCUUUCUGAAUACCACCUACCUUGAGGCUUGCUUGGGUAGUGCCUGGCUAGCAUUGGCCAGAGGUUAUUAUUCCUUCCAACUUGAGUUCUUGGAGACUCAGGCAAGGAAGGAGUCCUGGUUAGAAGGCCAACCCAAUACAAUGGCUGUCCUUUCAGAGUGUCUAGGACAUUCAGUCUAACUAGUACUAUAAAACUCCCCAAAGGUGAGCUCCCCAGGCUAGUGAGGGAUGGUAGGUACUUUGGUCACAGCCACCUUUUCACCGCCUGACUGAGCCUGGCUUUCUGAGAGGAUUGCCCUGGGUAGGAGGUAUAUUGGAGGUCCUGCUUCAUGCAUUCUGGCCCCAUGGAGUCAUCAGGGUUUGCUUUGACCACAUGUUCAUUCUCAUGUGGUACCUAAAUAUUCUGGGAUAAAGGAGGUAUUUGGCAGGCUGACCUGAAAAACUCCCGCUCCAUCUACCCCUACCCUAAGCCUUGGUCCCCUUGCUGCUACAUGUAUGCUAUUGUGAUUGCAGUGUGUAUAUUAAAAGGUUUUAUAUUAAAAGUUAUGGUUGGCUUAAGAAUAAAAGCACUUCAU